AUGAUUUUCCAAAAAUUGCUCUUCGUCUUGCUUCUUGUCAACUGUGCAACAAGUCAAGAUGAACUGUUUCAAACAACAACUCAAACAACUAAAGAUUCCACCACAAAUGUUGGCAAAAUAUUAACCUUGAUUGGUAUCUGCGUAGGAAUUGUUGGUGGAUUGUUUGCCAUCAUAUUUGGAAUAUUCGCAUUCACCAAGUAUUAUUGGUAAGUUUCCUUUUUUAUUGAAAUUAAAAAAAAAAUAAAAAUAAAAAAAAAUUUCAGCUGUACGACGUUCCAAGAUUCAAUUGAAGAUCCAUCUAAUCAAACUACAAUCACUAGAACGUCAACGAAUCCUCCGGCUCCUGAUGGUCCCACGGUCGCCUGA